AUGUCUAAUAAGAAUGUGUUCUUUGAUGCAGAGUCCAAGCGCGAGCUAUCUAAAGUGUCACAAGCUUAUAUUGAGGACCUCAAGGCUGCUGUUUAUGAUGCUGAUGAUCUAUUUGAUGAGUUUCGCACUCUUGCGGAGCUCAAGUUGCUUAGGCCAGAAAGCAAGGGUGCAAAGUUUUCUAACAAGGUACGUUCGUUCUUUUCGUCUAAGAACCAAGUGGGUCAGGCCUAUAGAAUGUCUCGCCAGGUUAAGGAGAUUAAGAAAAGGUUAGAUGCUAUUGCUGGUGACCAUAAAAAGUUCGGGUUUGAUGUUGAUUACAAACCUAUUAGUAGGAGAAGGGAGGAAACAUGUUCUUAUAUUGAUGCAAAGGAUAUUAUUGGGAGGGAUGAUGAUAAGAAAGCGAUAAUAGAUAUUUUACUGGAUCAUAAUAAUGAUGAUGAAGAAUGUUGUUUCUUGACGAUAGUGGGAGUUGGAGGGUUGGGAAAAACAGCUCUCGCUCAACUUGUGUAUAAUGAUGAAAUGAUUAAGAAAGAGUUUCCGACUUUGAGGUUGUGGGUUUGUGUAUCCGAUCAAGACGGAGAGGAAUUUGAUUUGAAAGCAAUCUUAUGUAAGAUUUUAGAGUUAGUUACUGGUCAAAAAUUUGACGGUACUUCUUCAAUGGAAUUUGUUCAAAAUCAAUUUCAAGAGAGAUUAAGAGGGCAGAAGUACUUCCUUGUGCUUGAUGAUGUAUGGAACGAGAAUCGUAAGAAGUGGCUUAAUUUGAAAAAAUUCUUGACGUUGGGGCAACUAGGAAGUAGGGUUGUGGUCACCACACGUUCGGAGAUGACAGCUACAGUCAUUGGGGAUAAACAUGUCUAUAGGUUAGAUGGCUUGUCCGACGAAGAUUCGUGGCGCUUAUUUGAGAUGUCUGCAUUGGAUGGAGAAUGUGAGCAUGAAAAUUUUCAAUAUUUAUCUGAGAUUGGGAAGAAGAUUGUCGAAAAAUGUUAUAACAUUCCUCUUGCUAUAAAAGUGGUAGGAAGUUUGUUAUAUGGUCAGGAUAUUAGUAUGUGGCACUCUUUUGAACAGAGUGGAUUAAGUGAAAUCAGAAAUGGUGAAAAUGAAAUUAUGUCCAUUCUGAAGCUUAGUUACCACAAUCUCAGUCCUUCAUUGAAAAGUUGUUUUAGCUACUGUGCAGUGUUUCCCAAGGAUUUUACGAUAAAUAAAGUGACAUUGAUUAGCCUCUGGUUAGCACAAGGGUAUAUAAUGCCAUUAGAUGGAGGUCAAAGUAUAGAAGAUGCUGCAGAAGAACAUUUCUUCAUCUUGUUGCGGAGAUGUUUUUUUCAAGAUUUAGCAAAAGAUCAGUAUGGUCAUGUUCGGUCAGUGAAGAUACAUGACUUGAUGCACGACGUUGCUCAAGAGGUGGGAGGGAAUGAAUUUUGUGUUGUGAUGAGUUCUAUUACGAACAACUUCAGGGAUAAAACACGUCAUGUGUCUUUUGUUGGUGAGACGUUAGUUUUAGGUGGGUGUAAAAAUUUGAGGGAGUUGCCUAAAGAUUUUAGCAAACUAGUAAACCUUGGGCAUUUAGAUUUAAGAUAUUGUAACAUGCUAACUGGUAUGCCUUUUGGCAUGAAUAAGUUGACUAGUCUUGCAAUACUUCCAUUGUUUGUGGUAGGAAAGGGGGAGAAAUAUUCAAGAGAGAAACAAUUUAAUUGGGAGUUGAAGGAUUUAGAAGCCCUCAAGAAUUUAAAAGGCGGCCUUCAUAUCAAAUUUGGUGACAACAAUGUAAAUUCGGAAUGUGUCGAUGAUGAAGGAGGGCAGUACUUGAUGAACACGAAGCAUCUCUUAGAAAUUGAAAUCGAGUUUGAGGGUGUAUUUCAUGGAUGUCUUGAGCCAGAAGUUGUGAUGAAAGCGCUUGAGCCGCAUUCAAAUCUCAAGGGGUUGAAGCUGAUCGACUAUAUGGGCACAUCAAUUCCAUGGUGGGCAAGAGCAGAGCAUAAUUGGUCAAUCUACCUCCCAAGCCUUGUCAAGAUUGAGCUUACAAUUUGUCCGAAUUUGGAGUGGAUACCUUCGUUCAGCAAGCUGCCUUAUCUAAGAUCACUGGUACUUUUCAGAUUAGAUAAGUUGGAGUAUAUGGAGGAUGCAGGAAACAUCACUAGCCACGACGAAGAAGAUUUAACAACAUUUUUCCCCUCGCUUAAAUAUCUUCAAUUAAGUCAUCUCAGAUGCUUCAAAGGAUGGUGGAGAGCGGAUGAGUUGAUCGUUGGUGAUGAUAGGAAAUCGAUAUUCCCCUGUCUCUCUUCACUGAAAAUCGAGUGGUGCCAUAAUUUGACGUCGUUUCCCCCUUAUCCAAGGCUAGAAAAAUUGGAGUUGCGCGGUAGCAGUGAAUGGUUGGGAAUGAUAUUAAACAUGAUAGACAAGGAAGGAAAUGACAAUGCUAGAUUAUCUUCCUUGCGAAGCUUGACUAUUGAGGAAUGCGAAAAUCUCAGGAGACUUUCCGGGAUUGAGAAUUUUACUUCUUUGGAAUCGCUACAAAUAUCCAGCAACAAACAAAUGAGCAUAUGUGAAGACAAAGAUGAUGAGUAUGGAGUGCCUUGGAAAUCUCUUGAUCGGAGUCUUCGUUCUCUUACAUAUCAAUCCAUCGAAGUAUGA